AUGACGCGCCUCCAUUUGCGUCUGCCCGUUGCGGCUCUGGUAGCAGCACUUUCGCUGUUUGGCAAUCCUGCACACGCGGCUGAGACUCAAGAUGUAGGAAUUGUUACGACGGAAAUUGCGAGAGCUCAGAAUAGCACGUUGAUGUGGGGUCCGUAUAAACCGAAUCUUUAUUUUGGUGUUAGGCCUAGGAUACCGAAGAGUUUCACCGGUGGUUUGAUGUGGGCGAAGGUUAAUAAUUUUGUGGAUGUUCAGAAUAACUUUAGACACACUUGCGAGCAAGGUGAUGGCAUGAGAGGUUAUGGUUGGGAGGAAUUUGAUGCUCGAACUGGUGGGAAGCAAACUAUGCAUGAUGAGAGCAAUGGUAUUGAUAUCACAACCUUCUUCAUCAAAUCCCCUGGUGGUAAACAUGGUGGAAACUGGGCUACGCGAGUGAGGGGUAAAGUUAGGGAUGGCUCGCCAGCAGAUUUGCAGACAACGAUUAUCUUCUAUGCUUCUCUUGAAGGACUUGGCAGUCUCACAGUUGCAAAUGAGGAUGAUGAUCUUGGAUUUGCCGGAGAAGUCAAUUUCAAUGGGGAAUCUGAUGGAUUGGGCGAAUAUAAGGUCACCGUGACAACUGGCCGAGGUUUUCACCCUGCUUCUGAACAUCCUUCAUAUAAAGAGAAGCCUUUGGAUAGGACUAUUGUUAACUCCCUCACACUUGACGAAAAGUUAUUGUGGGCUGCUAAACCUCAUUUGUUUGGCAAGUUGAAGGAGCAAAUCGAUGAAUAUAUUGAAAGAUAUGGAGAGGAAAAUCCUCCUCCUCCAUACCAGAUCUACACCAUUAAGCAUGCACCAGAUGAAGGAAACUUGCACUUGGUUCAAAAAGUCUUCGAGGGAGAUUUCGAAUUCGACAUCAUCUUCAACAGCGCAUCAGCACCUAAAGGACUUUCCAGCCAAGAAAUCUCUCAAUUGAUUGGAGAUAACAAUAAAUCCUUCUUUGAAAGAUUUAUCUCUACAUUUGAUUUGCAACCUCCUUUUGAUAUUGAAAGUCUGCAAAGAUUUUCAAGUCAUAUGUUCUCAAACUUGAUUGGUGGUCUUGGAUAUUUCCAUGGUGAUUCGGUUGUUGAUCGUUCAUAUGCUGAGGAAUAUGAGGAAAAUAACGAAGGAUUUUGGGAAGAAGCUGCAGAGGCAAGAGGACGAAGACAAGAAAAACUUGAAGGUCCAUCAGAACUUUUCACUACAGUUCCAUCUCGACCAUUUUUCCCAAGAGGAUUCCUCUGGGAUGAAGGAUUCCAUCUUCUUCCUAUUGCUGAUUGGGAUAUUGAUCUUACUCUCGAAAUUGUUAAAAGCUGGUUUAAUCUUAUGGAUGAAGAUGGAUGGAUUGGUAGAGAACAAAUUCUUGGUGCUGAAGCUCGUAGCAAGGUUCCACCAGAAUUUCAAACACAGUAUCCUCACUACGCCAACCCACCUACACUAUUCUUCAUUGUGGAUGCUUUUAUUAGCAAGCUUGGUGCAUUAAAUGGUACAUCGCCAUUAGCGAAAGAGAAACUCGCCCAAGAACCAUCAAUCUACUCGGCCUUUUUACAAAAGCCAGAAGCUGGUCUUCAAUACCUCAAUGAGCUUUAUCCUAAACUCAAGAAGCAUUACCAAUGGUUCCGCAAAACUCAAUCCGGAGAUUUGAAAUCUUAUGAUCGUGAUGCAUUUAGUACCAAGGAAGGUUUCAGGUGGAGGGGCCGAACACCACAACAUAUCCUCACUAGUGGUCUCGAUGAUUAUCCUCGUCCUCAACCACCUCAUCCAGGAGAACUUCAUGUCGAUUUAAUGUCUUGGAUGGGUAUGAUGACCAAAUCUCUUAAAAAUAUCGCCAGUCUCCUUGGUAUGGCCGAUGAUGUUGCCGAAUUAUCUACUAUCGAAAUAGCUAUUCAACGCAACAUCGACGAUUUACAUUGGAGCGAGAAGGAGAAAUGUUACUGCGAUGCUACAAUUAAUGAUUAUGAAGAACAUGAAUUGGUUUGUCACAAGGGAUAUGUUUCCCUCUUCCCAUUCUUAACAGGUCUUCUUGAUAAGGAUAGUGAUAAAUUAGGUCAUAUUCUUAAUUUACUUGGGGAUGAAGAGGAAUUGUGGAGUGAAUUUGGAAUUAGGUCUUUGAGUAAGAAAGAUAAGUUUUAUGGAACUGAUGAAAAUUAUUGGAGGGGUCCUAUUUGGAUGAAUAUGAAUUAUUUGGCGGUUUCUCAACUUCUUAAAUACGCAGAAAUCCCCGGUCCUCAUCAAGAAAAAUCCAAAGAUCUCUACACCAGACUCAGAUUAAAUUUAAUCAAGACGGUCUAUGACAGUUUUCAAGAAACAGGCUUUGCAUGGGAACAAUAUAAUCCGGAAACGGGAGUGGGACAGAGAACUCAACAUUUUACCGGUUGGACUAGUUUGGUGGUUAAGAUUAUGAGUAUGCCGGAUUUGAGUGAGGGUGCUUUUGAGGCGGAGGGACAGGCUCCUGAGAAGGAUGAUGAACAGGUUCCUGAGAAGGAUGAAGAUGCUCUUAAGAAGGAUGAAUUGUGA